AUGGAGGCAGUGUCAAUGGAUCGUGCCGCAUCAACGGCGUCUGACCUUAAAGCAGCGUUUAACAACAAGGUGGAAAUGAAUCAAGUCAAGGGGAAGAAGUCUGCGUUUGACUGGAACAAGGGCGAUAUAUUAGGCUUCUUCGACGAUGUCGAGCAUAAGCCUGGGCCAAAGACAGGAGGUUACAAUGUCGAAGCGUCUGCCCAAGCAAGUUUCAAGAAGGUAGUGGACGCAAUCAAGAAGCUUGUCAACAACAACGAUAAAAAGAAAAGAAUAUUUCUAGAUUCUGAGUUGCAUGCUACGUACCAGCACAAGGAAUUCCGCCUCGAAACCAUUUUUGAUCUCGUCGGAUGGAUCUUCUCUGUUACCGGAACUUCGCCGGCCGCCGCAACCACAAAGAACUACUAUUACCCCCUCGCGUGUCUCUACUCCGUUUUCUGGCGUCGACUAACCGAGGUCAACCUUCCCUUUGACCACGACCCUGGGAUGAUCCAGAUGACAUGGUUCGAGCAAAAACAAGGGAAAGAUAAGGUUACACGCAUUUGUAUAUCGGCCACUCUCGAUGGUCAAGGGCUUGCACAGCAGAAGAAUGCAGCGCGCUUGAGGAGGGAACAAGUUCUCAUCGACUCUGGCUUGCUUGACAAAAACAUGCGAGGCAAGACUUUGGUAACGAGCCCGAACCCGCAGUAUUUUGGGCACUGCGCCGAGACCAUCCCAUUCUUGUUUAUUAAGGCAGUUCUCGGUAGCGUCGAUGCUGCAACUGCUCAAGGAUUUGCCUUCAAGCCAAAGUUGAUACUCCCUGAUAAAGUGGGAGACAAGUUUGAGUAUUUCAAACCGACUGGUGUAUUUGCGGAUCCCUGUGCAAAUUGCGCCCAUCUUGUCCAGGCGUUGAGGUUCAAGGACCCUAAUUUCAAAGCGCCCUCGUAA